AUGCCGUCCACUCAAGAGGAGUUCACUCUCCCUUUGCGACCUAGAGAUACUGCGGAGAACACACUCUCGGAUGCCCAGGGUGGGGAGGCAGAUCUCUUGGAUGACCAAGAGGACGAUCCGACGCAACAUCACGUCAACUUUUUUAACCAUCCCAACGCGGUGUUUCGCACAUACGAGAUGAAUGUCGGGGUUCCGACCAUCAGAAACCUCUGGCUCUAUAAUUUCCAGGAGCUUCGAUCCUCUGACAAGUCUAGAGACUUUAGUAUUUCUCACAAGAAGAUCCCUGUCAUCAUGCGCAAGAUUAAGGUGGCUCGCCGCAGAUUUCUGGACAGCGAUGCCGACAUGACCUCGAUCCCUGCGGAGUUCUUUAACUUUCUUCACCCUAUCGACCAUUUCAUCUUCAAGAUUGAAUCCACUUUCCAGACUAAUGUCACCAAGCACUUGAAGAAGAAGCACUCCCGCGACGAAUCCGACGAUGAGACUGAAGAGAUCCAGAACACCAUGAAGAAGGCUCGGAUCGCAAUCGCUUACGAAGAGAUCGAGAAGAUGGCCCAGGAGGAGCAAAUUCGCUACUGGAAAGAGAUGGCGCUGGGUCUGAAGAACAAGCUUGAGGCAAAGGAUGAGGUGGUCAAGGGACUGCACAAGCUCCUUCACGAGAUGAAGGACCGCAAGAAUCGGAGCAGCUUGGAGUUCAACUAUUGUAUUACCCGCCUCUGGGAUGAUGCUCUUCCUAAGAUCGACGAGAAGCAAAGAAAACAGGGUCAGACGGAGUGGGCUUCAUCUCAGCUCUAA